UGUAGAGAAAAAACUACCGCCAUUGUGCAAAAACGGCCCUCCUGUCUGUUUCAGCUCUCAUUGCUAGCCAAUAUGUCUAGCAAUUUGAAAAGCUAAAACGACCUCAUGGUGCUAAAUUGGCCCAUUUCUUUUUAGUGUGUGGUGAGUGUUUAUCAAGAAGUUUGUAAAUUAAGAUUCCUUUAAGACCACUUUCUUUUAGAUUACGCGUCAUCAACAUAAAAACGCACAUAAAAAGGAACACACACCGUCGCAGUCAUUAGUCUUUUCAACAAAGUAGUAGCUAAAGAUCUGUUCAAAAUGAAUAAGUUAGUUUUCCUCCUUGGUGUUUUCAUACUGUUUGCUUUUGAAUCAUCUUGCACCAUUUGUUGCGACAAGUUAAAGGCACUUGCUGAAGAAAAAGAGAAAGCUUACCAAGUAGUGUGUGGGGCAAGUAAUAAUCUUCAAGGUUGCUGUCCUGGAUUUAAGAAUGAAACCAAUAAGUUUAUGAAUUCAUACGUUGUAUUGUGCUCGAAUUCGACAAACUUCAUCUGCAGAGAUCCAAAACCACUCGGAAUGGAAAAUGGGAAAAUACCAGAUAGUGCUAUAACUGCCUCGUCUGAGUAUAGCAGAAGGUACCUAGCGCCAUUUGCUAGAUUAAGAAAUACAAAAUCAUCAAAAUGCUCUUGGGCUCCAACUGCAAGCAACAGAAUAAGCUCGUGGCAUCAAGUUAACUUUGGUAAAAACACAAUGAUAACUGGUGUAGCUACUCAAGGAUCAUGCUAUUCGGGUGAAUGGGCAAAGACGUACUCCAUUUCAUACAGUAACGAUGGAAAAAACUGGUCAUCUUACAAAGAAAACGGAUCAAUCAAGAUCUUUCAGGGCAACAGCGAUAAAACGACAAUAGUCAAGCAUUCCUUUUCAUCACCAAUAAUUAGUCGCUUCGUCCGUUUCGUGCCCAAAACGUAUCAGAACUAUCCCACAAUGCGAAUUGAAUAUUAUGGAUGCUAUUUAAAAUAAAAAUGAGUGUAAUAAAUGAAUUUUUUUUCUAUAGUUUAUUUUUUUAUAUUAUAAGUGGUGUUCAGGUAACAGCGAGAAUGGGUCAUAGAAAUCAGUCAGUUGUUCUUUGUAUGAAUUAAAUUUGCAAAUUCA